CGGGGGCAGCGGCUGCGCCGUGAGGCGCCGGGCGGGACCGGGGACCCGGCGGUGCCGCGUCAAGACUCGCCGAAAGGAGAAGCCGGUGCGCUCGCUGGGAAUCCGGCCAUGUUCUGAGGGAGGCCUCCAGCACUCAGCGUGGAUCCAGCUAGCGCAGGUGUGCGGGAAGAAAUCGCCCUCCUCGCCUCCCCCUGAGGAGCUCUCGAACCAUGGCGAGUCCAAGAACAAGGAAAGUUCUGAAGGAAGUCAGAGCACAAGAUGAGAACAAUGUCUGUUUUGAAUGUGGUGCAUUUAACCCCCAGUGGGUGAGCGUGACCUAUGGAAUCUGGAUCUGUCUGGAGUGCUCAGGAAAACACCGAGGCUUGGGAGUUCACCUCAGUUUUGUACGUUCUGUAACCAUGGACAAAUGGAAGGAUAUUGAGCUGGAGAAAAUGAAGGCUGGAGGUAAUAGCAAAUUUCGAGAGUUCUUGGAGUCUCAAGAUGACUAUGAUCCCUGCUGGUCAAUGCAGGAGAAGUACAACAGCAAAGCUGCAGCUCUUUUUAGAGAUCAGGUAGCUACAGUAGCUGAAGGCAAGGAGUGGUCCAUUGAAACUUCUCCUGCCAGGAACUGGACCCCACCUCAGCCUAAAAUGUCUCUCUCUUCCACUCAUCGUAGUUCUGCUGGACAAUCUCAGACUGCAACUGCCUCUUCUGACAAGGCUUUUGAAGACUGGUUAAAUGAUGAUGUUGGCUCCUACCAAGGUAGCGGCCAAGAAAAUCGUUACGUGGGGUUUGGAAACACAGUAAACCCUCCAAAAAAAGAGGAUGACUUCCUGAAUAAUGCUAUGUCUUCAUUGUACUCGGGGUGGAGCAGUUUUACAACUGGAGCAAGCAAAAUUGCCUCAGCUGCUAAAGAGGGUGCUACCAGAUUUGGAUCUCAAGCAAGUCAAAAGUUUUGGGGCUACAAGCAGCAGCCAGAGCCGGCAUCAGAGUUAGGUCAGACAUUAAAUGAAAAUGUUCUCAAACCUGCACAAGAAAAGGUGAAAGAGGGCAAAAUAUUUGAGGAGGUCACCGUGGGGGUGUCGCAGUUGGCCAGCAAGGUUCAGGGAGUGGGAAGUAAGGGAUGGCGAGAUGUCACCACUUUUUUUUCUGGCAAACCAGAUGAUAAUUCUGAAAGACCAGCUGAGGGAGACAGUUACCAGAACAGUGGAGGGGAGGGCUACCAGAACAAUGCUGUAGAUCAAAGCUUCUGGGAGACCUUUGGCAACUCGGAUCCACCAAAAGCUCAUAAAUCUCCAAGCAGUGAGAGCUGGACCUAUGUGGACAAUUCCACAGAGAAGAAGAGCUCCGACAGCUGGGACGUGUGGGGCUCAGGAACAGUCUCCAACAACAAGAACAGUAACAGCGACAGUUGGGAAAAUUGGGAGACCAACUGGGAAAACACAGGAGGGGAGAGCAAGACCAAAAAACCUCCUAAGGCAACAAAAAAGGCGUCUUCAGCUGAUGAUGGGUGGGAUAACCAGAACUGGUAGAACUCUGUUAGCCCUGUUUUGCACAGCUAGGAGAGGGAGGCUAUGCUGGCUGAUUGAGGGGAGGAAGUUUUACAUGCAACUGGAGUAUCUUGGUUGACCUUACUGAUCUGUUACUUUUGUGCUUCCCAUUCGUUCUCCUUUCUUCUACCCCGGUUUAGGGAAAAAAAAAAAAAAAAGAGUAGCAUCUGAAUCUUUUAUUACAUAAAGGUGGCUGUCCCUUUUCUAAGGAAUAGUGAUAAAUAUAUUCUCCUUGCACUACUGAAGCUGGAUACACAGACUUUCUUAACACAAAUGUUCAAAGGAAAAAAAAAAAAAAAUCAGUGCAAGCACGUUUUCAUGGUACAUCCUUGCAUGUGUAGGUUAAUAGUUAUUCAUCCAGUCCUCAUAUAAUUUGAGAUGACCUGAGGUGUUUAAUGCAAAGAAAGGACAGGAUGUGUCUUGAAAAGAUAGCUGUUAAAUAAGCAAACUGUAGUUGAACAGAUCUAGUUCAAAUGCCUUAUGGAUUGCUCUGACAUUAUUAAGUCUGGCAACUCAAGAUGGUCUUUAAGAUACUUUUUAUUGGAGCUUUGGUUUUAAACUUUAUGAGAUUUAAUUUUUUUUUUUAGUCUUUUAAAACUUAUUUUCUCCCCUUAGAAUUAAUAAGGAAUCUAGAGCUAGGUGUUUUAUUUGUGUAAACUCACAGUUUUGACCUGAGCUGUCAAGGGAUCUCCAGAAUGGCUCCUUGCUCAGCAGGUUAAGAGUUUGCACAGUGCAGCUCUCCACCACAGCUGUGGUGUUCUCCUUCCCUACCUACACCCUUCCCCCAGUUUUUGAGUAUUUUAUACAGUCUGUUUUUGUUCUCUUUCUUCCUUCUACCCAUCUACUUUAUCUGUUCUGAUAAAAAUGAAAUCUUUCUGCUGCUUAUGGCCUUUUGAAGAUAGGUUUGGCAACUUGGCAGUGAAACAAAUCUAUAAAAAAGAUUCCAGUGAGAAAAAAAUGGGUGGAAAAUAUGAGAACAUUAAGGAGAGAGGCUGGCAGCAAGCCCCUUUCAAGAUGGAGUAGAUGUCUGGAUUUAAUAGCAAAAUUUAAAUUAAGCAGACGUUUUCCAAAUUAAUCUUUAAUAUGUCAAUAUGUAUCUCACUAUCAUGUAUUUCUCCACAUUUUCUUUCUGGAUCUUGUUAAAGAAACACUAUUUUGGAAACUUUAGAAGCUCCUUGUCAGCAUUAAGGAAUGGAAUAGAAGAUUCAGCUAUGUAUCAGUUUUGACCUAAGAAACUGCUUUGCAUGACACAAACCAUAACUUCUACAGAAGAAUUAUGACUUUAACAACAAAGGUGUCCUGUGUAUCCCAUUUUAUUUUUGGGGGUGGGUUGUAAAUGUACACUCAGCCCGAAAACAAUCAGCUGACUUGAAAACUUCAGAUUAUGAUAUCAUUGUGUAGUCUGCUGUACUACCAGCAUGGAGUUCUUUACUGUGGACCCUGUAAGUCUUAAUACAUACCUAAAAAGCAUUUUCUUUUUUAAAAUUUGUUAAUUUGUUCAAGCAAACAACUAAAUCGAAGUUGUCAAGGUUACCUUAAAUAAUGAAUGCUUCAUAUCUUUUUCUCUUCACAGAGGUUUUGGAGCUUAUGGUAAGAUCGAGGGGUUAAGAAAAGAAAAUCAUGAAUCACCUCGAAAGUAGCAAAUUUAAAAGGCUUAAGUCUAAGUAGAAACAGCUCUAUUUAUAGCCUGAUUCUGUAUUUCUUUAGUAGAAUCUUUCAGAUGGCGAACAAGGUAUUUUUCUAGUCUUCUCUAGCCCUGUCCUGCAAGAGUUAGGAUUUUUUUUUUUUUUUUUUUUUUUUCCCCUCCCUUUCUUCUCCUGGUGGCAUGGUCUGUACCGCUCGUGCAGCAGCACUCGGUGCCACUUACCACCCAAGCAUUACUCUCAGCUGAGCCCUGCCAGGCACCCACACGCUGACCCUUUGGAAGUGCCCAAGGCACGAGAGAUCUCAGUUUACAAUUCUGCUCGUGUUUCCACUGGCAGAAGUUUACAGCCCGACUACAAACCGAGGAUUUUGUUCUGCUUUUUUCCUCCAGUUCCAAAUAGACCUUUAUCAUAGCUUAAUUGCAUGUCGAACAUGACUUUGUAUUUUUCUGCAUACACCUCUGUUGCCUCCUUGUCCCGUGUCUGCUGCCCAGCAGGGAGCCGUAAGGCAUGUUCUCUGCUCUGGGAGUGGUGCUGUGUGCUGUGCGUGCCAUGGGGCUGCCCACUCCCCCCCACCCCCCCAAGGGUUUGACAGGCUUUGUGAAGUGUUGCGGUAGCGGCGACGGCCAAAUGCACCUGAUGGGUUGCGCUGUCUGACUGCUGGUGUCUGUCUGAUGUGAAGCUGGCUCAGCUUCCCGUGUAGAAAUUUAUUACAAUUUCUCUUUCAUAAACCUCCUGAAAUAGCUUGUAGCAGGAUAAGCUUUAUUUCAGUCCAUUCAAUCAACAGUAUUGUGAUGUGUAUGCAUACGUUCUCCUCAGCUGUGUGGUUUGCCUAGGAGAAAACUGGUUUAUUUCUGUAUCACUUGCAGCUACAAUUGGCAUGAGCCAUUUGUUUGUUCUUCCGCUUUUAUUUUUGUAUCUCUUGAAACUUUAUGUUCUACAUUAAACUAAACAGCCUGAGCCCUACUCAGGCAGAA